AUGAAUUCUUUUAUAGUUGUCAAAAACUAAAAUUAUUCGUCCCUUUUUUUCUUCUUGUUUACAAGAAUAUUUUUUUAAUUCAUUUGUUUCAAAAAUUUGGGCUCAAAAAUCACAAAUUUUUCAAAAUUCGUAUCAAAUUAAUAACUUACUGAUUCUUGUUUUCCAUCUCAAAACGAGAACAAAGCCAAGAACCCAGCAAGCUUCGCCACAAUUACAAGCGAAGAAUCUGCCAACUGCAACUUUUUUCAACACAGGAGGACAUCACCUUGCUUCAAAAUUGGUACCGAUAUAGAUUUUUUGUUUGAAGAAAUGGAAGAAAAGAGGCGCAAUCUGGAGCUGGACAAAAUUUGUCGAGUCUGUUUGAGUCAAAAGAAAGAUAUGCGACCCAUAUUUGGGGAAAUGAUUGCUGAUAUGCUGAUGGAAUGUGCCCGCGUUAAGAUCGAAAAUACUGACGGGUGGCCAGAUAAAAUAUGUGUACAAUGUGUGCACUCUGUUUCGCGGUGCCAUGCAUUUAAGACGCUCGUGGAGCGCUCCGAUCGAGAACUGCGCGAAUAUAUCAAAGGACUGACCGUCAUUUUUGAGGAACCAGUAGUUGAGAUAAAAACUCAGCCAGCUUCACCUGCUCCACCGAUUCUGCAACCCCGAAAACAGCAACAACAACAGACCCAAAAGGAAUCCACGAAGACGGCUACUUCAACCAAUAUAUCAAACCAGGGACAGACUAUACAACAACGUCAAGUCCAAACGGCUGCUCUUCCCCAGCAGAUUGUCCUCUCGAAUGGACAAGUUAUUAGCACAGCACAGAUUGUCGCACAUCCGGGCACUCAAAUGGCCCAAAUACUGAACACAGGGCCGUUUGGCCAACUAAUACAAACUGGCAAUACGGUUCAGAUGAUCCAGCAGAACGGCCAACCCGCGCAGGUUGUGCAGUUUCAACAAGCAGACUCCGAUGACGUAGAUGGUCAAUGCGAGAUCAUCGUUCGCGAUGAAAUGUCAGAGGAUGCUGAGUACUUUGAAGACAUAACCGAGGUAACGACCCACGACGACAUUGAAACAACUGAGGACAUAAUCGAAAUACAUGACGAAGAGGAGAUGAUUGAGGAGGAAGCAGAAGAUUGCAUAAUACCAGAUGCAAAUAUUGCUUAUGCCGUGGAAAUGUCUGAGGAUUCGGAUAGUGACGAAAAGAUCUAUCUAGCAGAGUUCAUAAGUUCACAGACAAGUUGUCCUUCUCCGGGUAGAUACAUAUGUAAUUUGUGUCGGAAAGAAUUUCGGCAAAUCAAAUGGCUUCAGAGUCACAUGAAGUCUCAUUCAAAUUGGAUAAAGGCGAAUUGUAAAAAGCAACCUCAAUGUGAGAUUUGCCAUCGUAGCUUUAAGGGUCCUGGAAUGCUUCGAAUGCAUAUGAAGACGCAUGAGACUGCGGAAAAAGUGCCGACAUGCAGCAUCUGCAACAAAGAGUUUAAAUCAAAAACAAUUUUGUAUCGACAUAGACAAACACAUCAAUUGAAAUCAUAUGCUUGUGGGAAUUGCACUAAGGCUUUCUCGUCUCCGCUUACUCUAAACUCGCAUAUGACAAAGAAACAUCCUAACAAGCCUAACCAAUAUAAAUGUGCCGAGUGCUACGAGUUAUUUUCGGGAAUAGAUGAUCUAAAGGUUCACAUACAACUGACGGGUCAUAGUGUUAAAAAUGAUAAAAAAGACGACGAGUUCUCGUCAUAAUCAUUGCCACAAUUACUAUCUCCUCAAUAAAACAUGUAACCCCUUCCCCCAAUUUAUUGAUUUUAUAAAUAAUUUUGAAAAAUAAGCAUAUUUUUUACAUAGCUAUAAAAACGAAGUUAGAGUCUAUCCGUAAACAACACUCGCACGGUUAUAGAAGUGCAAACAUCUGUUACACAUUAUUAUUAUUAUAUUGAAAAGUAUGUACUUUGUUUAAAUGUAUAUAGAAAUAUUUCUUAAAUGCAGAGCAUUUUAUAUAUUAUCUUUUUAGUUCAUUUAAAGUAAAUCAUAACAAAAAUUAUAGCUAUUAAAUAAUAACUGUACUUUUUUCAAUC